UGGACUGAGAGGGCCCUCUCGCGACACGGACAAGCAAUACGGACCUGUGUGUGCGGGCCGAAAGGGAGCAUGGCUUCAACAAAGACUUCUUCAAGCAGCAGCAGCAGAGCUUCUUUCAAAGCUUCAACCCACUCGCUAUUCGACCGCAUCCACUCCCAACUCGCAAAGGUCCUCAGGCAGUCCAUCACCCCCGCUACAAAGGACCUCGCUAAAUGCGUGAACAAGCUGCAGCAGUUCCAACGGGCACAUCUCGGCCGGGCCCCGCCCCUCGGGGCUGCUGGCCAAGAUGCAGCUGUUUUCCCACGGAUUCCUGCUCGCUUGUUCAAGAACUACGCUGCGGACGGGCCCCUCUAUCUGAUGCUGAGGACGGCUUAUGACUUCAAACAUGAUCACGAGAUGAAGAAAUGGGACUUUGAUAACGUGGCAAAAAAAGCCUUGCAUCUGGGCUGUAUAGCUGCAAUUGUAGACGCCCUGCGGAAGGAAGGGUGGCUCAAAGACCCAGUUAUUGCGUUCAGCAGCAAAAUAGAGGACGAGGAAAGAGCUGAACUUCAAGAGCUGGCUGUCGCGCUCAAAGCCAAAGUGGUACCACAUCUGACCUCCAAGGUCACUCAUAUACUUCAGCACGCUGGAGAGCACGAGGGUGGACAAAGCAGUCAACACAGCACCGAGCAAGAAUGGUACCGAACCCUUGACAAACGGAACGAUCACGUCCUCCUCCAUUACUGGUAUAAGCCAGAUUCUGCAGAUGUUUGGGUUCCAGACACUGGAGAGUACCUAGAACCAGAGCCAGCACCACAACACGAAGGGCCAUGGCAUCUUUCCGUUCGAUGGUUACGAGAUAGCUACGAAAACAAUGAGUGGAUGAAUGAAGAAGACUACGAAGCGGAGCAUCCUGAGCCCGCGGAUGAGCCCGUCGCCGGUGCAGAUGAUCUAUCUGGGGAGUCUGUAGACGGGGAAGCUGAGGAUGGGAACGACGACUACGCAUCAGAAGACGUUGAUGAGGACAUCAAAAGCUUCAAAUCGAGAUCCUAUCUUGGGAGCCCCGAACCGGCCGCCAGCACUAUAGGUGGAGACUUGGUCGAUAUUGAUGAGGAUGACGAUCUCAUGUCUGUGACGGGGUCGGAAUGGCGAACGAAUCUCGGGCCGGCUCCCGUGCCACAUGUGCAUGUACUUGAUCUGGACCAGAAAGGGGUCAGGGCGAAGAAGUACGAGUAUCGGCCACACGUGGGAGGUGUGAUACACAACAUAUCGCACACCAUGUGUAUGCCGAUGUUGCGUGGAACUGCUCAGUCGAUCGAAGGCAAUUUCUCAGAAGCGGAGCGAUGGUCGUUUUGGGUGGAGGAAGAGGUGAAAGAGGAGGAACAACCAACGCAAACAGCCAACGGGGACGUGGAGGAAUCAGAUCAAGACCCCGCCCAUUUGAAGGCCGAGAGCCUCACUAAUAUGGACGUCGACGUAACAUCAACGCCCUCGGGCGAUGGCGCCAACGGUAUAUCUACAGUGUCACGAAUAAAUACGAUCGCAAACUCGACUCCUCACAUAAAUGGAGAAUCGCUACCGGAGUUUGACGAUUCGCGAUACCCCAAUCAGGCCACAUGGUUCUCACUGGACUCGAUACAUGAGGUCGAACGCACAAACCUGUUUGAACUUUUCUCUGGCAAACCGUGGUCACGAUCUACGCGGGAGUCCGGGCUUGACUCGGACUCCGAAUCGCCAUCCAAGUACGUUCGUGACGACACAACAUAUAUGUACCUUCGAAAUAGCAUCAUCAUAGCCUAUCGGAGGAAUCCCUCGAAAUAUUUAUCGAUAAUGGAAUGUGCUCGGCACCUUCACACCGCACCAAUCGAAGAUGUGUCCACGGUCCAUCGGUUUCUGGAACACUGGGGUUUGAUCAAUCUUCAGACGACCGAGUCGCCGCCCACCGGCGUGCGAUCCGUGUACGCAAGCUAUCUACGGGGAGAAGAUCGCAAUGACACUGACGGCGGCGUCAGCGCCGAUUUUGUUUACACCUUCUUUCCGAUACCCGGUAAAGCUACUGAGGUCGAAACGGAAGAUGAAGAAACCCGGAAGGCAUCAUCAGAUCAGCGUUGCGAAACCUGCCAUGAACCCAUAAAACCUUCCUAUCAUUAUGUUCAAAAAGCCCGACCACAUAUCACCCUUUGCGUCGACUGCUUCCUCACCGGCCGAUUCCCCUCCGAUCUCCCCAGCGACCACUUCACCCUCGUAGACGAUGAUGACGAUGGCUGCUUCGACGGAGGUGGGUUUGACAACGUGGGGCGACCCGAAGCAUAUGUCACCGCGCGACUAGAAGAUGAUGGCAGGCGGAGAUAUCGCCCAUCCCCACGGCAUCCCCCAAGCACGCCCUGGACGCAGGAAGAAUCCCUACUGCUUCUCAACCACCUCUCCACGCAUUCCGAGCUCGUCACGGAAACAAAGUGGGCGGCCGUCGCGGCGAAUCUUAAACGGCCGGUGGAGGAGUGCGUCGUACAGUUCCUUAAAUGCGGGGCUGCGUCCGCUGAGGAGCAAAGGGAGGAAGCGCGACGUGUUUUUGAACAUACCCCUGCGAAUCCUGUGAUGGCGUUCUUGGCUGCGACGACGAGCGUCGUUUCGCCUGGGAUUGCUGCUGACUGUGCACAUAUGGUGCUGCGGGAAAUUGGAGAGGAGAUUUCAGCGGAAAAAGUAGUGAAGACGGCCGAAAGUAACGGAACAGACGUGCUCAAGGUGGAAAAAGUGGAAGGAAAUCCCGCACCAGCCUCCACCUCACAUGCAUAUACCCCAUCCCCCAAAACCGUCCAACGCAUGCAUGACACGGCCCGCCGACGAGCAAAAGAUUACGCGAAAUAUGAGAACGACGAGAUCUCCAUACUCGUCAAAGCCCUUAUCGACGCGCAACUGAAGAAGGUAGCUAUCAAGAUGAAGCUCCUGAAACUUUUAAGUGGGGACGUCGACUUGGAUGACGUGGACGACAACGCACCGCCCGUUGCGGCUGACCCGACAUCGACAUUGAGUUCAUUGCCGCUGAUGGACUCGGAUUUUGCGCCGGAUUCGGCGAUGACGAUGGAUUCGGGGACGCCGCUUUCGUCGUUGUAUGAUUUGAGUGCGUUGCCGGAGACCCCGAUGCUGGGCAGUGGGGAUGGAGGGAGUCCGAUGCUUUGAGCUACCGCGCCGCGUCUCUUGUCGAUCCGGACUCCGACCUUUUUUCGACGUACGGACCGCGAUCCUGCGAGGCCGGGCGCCCGUCCAUGCAUGUAGAUUUUGGGCUAAUUUAUCUAGUUUGUCUGACGGGAGAGGAGGGUGAGAAAGCCCAUCCCACUACUGAAAGGGCAUCCUGUCACUACGAAGAGAGUUGAGAAGCCUUUACGUUUUUGUACAUAUGGAUCUGCAUGUAUCGAUGCAUGUAUUUACGGCGAGAUUGGGUUUGAAUC